AUGGAUAAGAAUUUACAAGGACCUGAAACAGUUCCAAAACAAGAAAAAACGUGGGCAUACUUUUUAGCUACGAAGGGGUUUGGUGGCGCAGAGUUUGAAAUUUUGUUGUUUCUGGUGGUUUCUCGAAGCAAAAUCCAUCAUACUGUUAUACCUAUUUUCCAAAUUUGUAAUACUAUUCCCUCGCGUUUCUGUUUCUCAGCUGGUGAUGAAGAAAGAAAGUAUUUUUAUUCCUCAGUAUAA